UUCCACUGCCAUUACUGUUGUAUGGCAUGGCAUAUUCGCAUAUAUCACCAAUGUUUUUCAAUUCAAUUGCAUAUUCUACCAAUUGUCUGCCAACACAACAGUUGCCCAUCACCGUUUAUCCUAUCCCAGCAAGAACCAUGCACUGCAUUUUCUGACAAAUUCAACCAAUCUGAAUUAAAUUCACAUUCACAUCACGCUGCAUUUCUUAUUUCUCCAAAUUUUCAAUUUUUUUACUAGCUAACUAAAUGACCAGAAGAUGAGUUUAGGACAUAUUUUGUAUCAUUAAAUUCCAACAUUAUAUUACUUUUCCUUACUAAUCUAAUAGUAAUUGUUUUUCAACAACUUCAUAUCAUAUUAUAUUAUUCCACAACCUAGGAUCCAUUCAUUUGAGAGUUUUAAAGUUCAACACGUACGGGUUAGAUAACCCCCCCCCCCCCCCCCCAACCUUUUUCUUAUUGGCAUGAGCCUGUCUCUCUAUCCUGUGUAAUCUGAAGCUUUUUUUUUUAAGUGACAAGCUUUUGCUUGUUUUGGUGUUCCAGUUCCAGUUAGAGCCAUGUCCAUGUCCUUUCUCUUUACCUUUACCAUCAUCAUCAGCUUUGGCUUGUGCAUUCUUUAUGCAUCUGCAGAACUCCAGAGAUUAUCACACUCUUCCAAACAUGAUGGUGCUCUUAGCUUCUUGGUGCUUGGUGACUGGGGAAGAAGAGGCGCUUACAACCAAUCACAAGUUUCUUUCCAGAUGGGAAAGGUUGGAGAGAAGCUUGAUAUCGACUUUGUAGUUUCCACUGGAGACAACUUCUAUGACAAUGGACUAACUAGUGACCAUGACAACGCGUUUCAAGAGUCAUUCACUCAAAUUUACACAGCAAAAAGCUUGCAAAAGCAGUGGUACAGCGUGUUAGGCAACCACGACUAUAGGGGUGAUGCAGAGGCCCAAUUGAGCCCGGUCCUUAGAGAAAUUGAUAGCAGAUGGCUUUGCUUAAGGUCCUUUAUUGUAGAUUCAGAGCUGGUUGAGAUUUUCUUUGUAGACACCACUCCUUUUGUUGACGAGUACUUCACUGAACCACAGGAACACAAGUAUGAUUGGCGGGGCAUUGGCCCACAAAAACCUUAUAUUACUAACUUACUCAAGGACCUAGAAUUGGCACUGAGGGAAUCAACAGCAAAAUGGAAGAUUGUUGUUGGUCAUCAUGCCAUUAGAAGUGUUGGGCAUCAUGGUGAUACUCAAGAACUAAUAAAUCAGCUUCUCCCUAUCCUUCAGGCAAAUAACAUUGACUUCUACAUGAACGGGCAUGAUCAUUGUCUUGAGCACAUUAGUGACACGGAGAGAGGAACUUGUUUGCAGCCCCAUUCAGUUCCUGACUAGCGGGGCAGGGUCAAAGGCUUGGAGAGGAGACAUUAAAGGAAUGAACCGAAGAGACGUAAAUUUCUUCUAUGAUGGACAAGGCUUCAUGUCUGUGAAAUUGACUCAGACGGAUGCCACCAUUGAAUUCUAUGAUGUUUUUGGCAACGUUUUACACAGAUUAACUUCUUCAAAACAGCUACAUUCUUCUAUGUAAUGUUUAGAGCAUUGAGAUUAAAUAGAUCAAUCCAAAUUGGUUGAUGGAAUUUAAAACUUAUCCUUGAUGUCAUGCUUGAGUAUGUAUGAGAAAUGAAAAUAUGAAGGAUUAUUCACUGUAGUGAUGAAUUGCUAUUUAACUUCUGACUUCUAAAUUUAAGAUGCAAGAGACGUUAUUGUGUACUUAAA